AUGGGCAGUGAUCAUUACUGCUUGAGGUGGAACAAUCAUCAAUCCAACCUUCUCGGGGUGUUCAGUCAGUUGCUCCAGGACGAGAGUUUGGUGGACGUCACACUCGCUUGCUCAGAGGGCGCCUCCAUCCGUGCCCACAAGGUUGUUCUAUCGGCCUGUUCGUCGUACUUUCAAUCGCUAUUCCUCGACCACCCGGCCCGGCACCCGAUUGUCAUACUGAAGGACGUUCGCUUCGCCGAGCUGCGCACACUGAUCGAAUUCAUGUACAAGGGCGAGGUAAAUGUCGAGUACUGUCAGCUUUCGGCACUGCUAACCACAGCCAAAUCGCUGAAGGUCAAGGGUUUGACGGAGAUGACCAAUCAGAGCAGCCCGCUGACGGAGCCGAAGCUAGAACCAGAACGACUGAGACCGCACAGCAGUAGUCAUGGCGUCGGUGGAAGUGGCGGCGGCGGCGGAGGCAGCAGUAGCAACAGCAGCAGCAACAGUGCAGCAACCGGAGUGCUGGCAGCAUCGGAGGCCAUCCUUCCCACCAACCUCUCGACCACGAUCCCGACGGCCACCAUGGCGCACUUGAGCAGUGGGAGUGCGGUAGGCGUAGGCGUAGGCGGCAGCAGCAGCAGCACCACCAACACCAGUAGCUCUUCCAACACCGACGUCACCACGACCGCUCCAAGCGUCACCCACAGCAGCAACAGCGGCAGCACCAGCGUCACCACGAUCACCGCCUCCACCGGUGGCAACAACGAUGCCCCUGGCGGCUCCGAAUCGCUGGACGCUGGCGGUGCACUGGACACCAAACGGUCCCAUCAUCACCAACAUCAUCAUCACCAUCAACAUCAGCAGCAGCAGCAUCAUCCUCACCUGCACCAGCAGCUGCUGCUCGCGGAGCAGCACUACGCGCCGCAUACGGCCCGUCUCACACCCGGCGGCGUUGCGGACCUAACCUCGUUCGGCAAGAGCCACCCGGGCGGGGUGGAGGACGAACCGGAAGCGGCCCGCUGUCGGGGUUCGCCGACGCGCCUCAAGCUCUCCCCACCGACGACGGGAGGUGCACCGCUCUCGCUGACUCGCAAGGCUCCUCGUGAUAACCCGCCGGUGGGUGCGUGCUCCUCCUCAGCCUUAACCUCACCACCACCACCACCACCACCAACGGCGGCGGCGGGAGGCAGCGUGGCGGUGAUAUCGGCGCCAUCAGCCUCCUCAUCAGGGUCGUCGAAAUCAACCAGUUCCUCGUUCUCCUCGCCCACCAGCCGGCCACGGGCCGUUUCGUCCACGACCAAGGAUGGGAAGGCGACCCUAGUGUCGCAUCCUACCGCGGGCGGUGACGAGGGUAUCCUGUCGUCGCAGCUCGCCGCCGCCGCCGUUAGCAGCGAGAACGAUGGUAGCGCAGCAACGCCGCUACACGAGCAGGAACCACCGGAACACGGCGACGAUGACGACGACGAGGACGACGAGGACGACAUUCACCAUCACCCGGAGCAGCACCCGCACGGUGAACAGGGUGACUGCGAUGGCGAUGCCGGUGGAGGAGGUGAGAAGGAUUCGGAAGGGCAGGCACCGUUGGUGGCGUUGGCGGAAGGUGCGACUACCAGCAUGUCGCUCGCUGAAGAGAGCCACGGCCGGGUCGGCGGGAAGUCGACGGUUGUUAGCAGCAGCGGUGGAGGAGGAGGUGGUGGCAGUGUUACCGACAAAGUGACCAGCGACGGCACGAGAAGCAUAGCAAACGCCGACGAGCGAACGACAGCUGAGGGAAGGGUGAUAACCACCAGCAGCUCCACCGCGAGCUCGACGGAACCCCCGCCACCGAGUAGCACCCCGCCAAGGGUGAAAGGUGGUCACGGCACCCGGCGCACCGUCUCCCGGAGUCCCUCGGGGGAGGCUGACCGUCCGGUAGGCAAGUCGAAAGAAGCGCUCCUCGUCACCGACGACGAUGACGUCGAUGAGACGAGGGUCGAUGGUGCGGCGGACAAUGGGGAACCAGCGGACGAGCGUGCACUGAUGGCCGGUCACGGGCGGCACGAGCUCCGGGUGGGAGUAAGAUCGGCCGACCGUUUGGAGCAGCGCCGUCGACGCCUGAGGCCACAGCAGGUGCAGGGAGAGCAGUGUGGCUCACCCAAAGGAGGGGGCGAUGAACCGCUGAUGGGCGGCGGUGUAGGUGUGCACAUAGUGGACGACGAUGUGGUCGUCGGUGCCGGUGCCUACGACGAUGACGACGACGACGACGAUGAUGACGACGACGACCACAACGACGAUGAUGACGGUGCGGGUCCGCACGAUCUGCACAUCUGCAGCACGGGCAGCACCGGCAGUGCGGGCAGUGGCAGUGGCAUCCUGCGCCACGGGCACCGGCACCUCAAUCUGCUACAUCUGGCUGGUGGCCACGCGCAUCAUCCGACUCAGCUGGAGCUGCUCCGGUCGGCCGAGCAGCAUCACCAGCAGCGGCAGCUGCUCCAACGCAGACGGCGCUCCUCGGAGGACGACCUCCCGCGACACCACCACCACCACAGCGGGACGACGAACAACACGCACGCCAGCUUCACCAACAACUCCGACGACGAGUAUCAACCGCCGGUCAAGAUAAAGCACGAAGUCGACUUCUCCGCGUUCCCCGGACUGAACAUGACUAUGGGCACGACCAGCGCGAGCACAAGCCUUUCCGCCGUGCUGAACUCCACUCCCGGGACGACACCCGGGAGCCUCCUGCUCGCUACCGACCUGAGGCCAUCGUCCAGGGGUAUCAGCGAGCAGCUACUCGCGGCGACCACCAGCACCACCAGCAGCAGUACCGUCACCGGUGGUUCCUCCGCGCAGCUCUCCUCGAUCGAAGGCAAGAACGGUGAGCAGCUGCAGCAGCAACAUCAGCGCAGCUCCCCGCAACACCAGCAGCACCAUCCGCACCAGCGGUUGGGAACUCACCGCGCAUGCGAGUCGUCGACGGCCGUCUCCGCGGCUACGGCGGCGGCGCUGGCCGUGUUCAACGCGAGCGGUCUGUCCAGCCCGCUGCCCGAACCGAUCGCGGGACCCUCCGGCAUGAUGGGACCCGUCCAGCAGGUGCCUCUGUCGCUGAAGAAGGAGAUCGACUGGGACCGGAGCGACGACAAGUCGUCCGGCGAGAGCUCCCUAGACUUCCGCCAUCCGCACGACUCGAAGCUGGGACGCUUUCUCGUCGGUCAGGGCGGGUAUCCGAGGUCGGGCAUGAAGUCGGCGCCACCAGCUGGUAUCAUCGGGUUCCCGGGGGCCGCCGUCGGUGCGAUCCCGUUCGUGUUUCCCUUCGCACCGCUCGGGCUCGGACUGUUCGACACCGAUCCGCAGCGGCUGCUCUCGCUGCUGCAUCACCAGUCGGCGCUGGCAGAGGAGGCCCUGCGGUACCGUAGUCUGCUGUUCGGUGCCGGUGUCGGUGGCUCCCCUAGCGCCUCGCAGCCCGGUGUCGACUUUCUGCCGCUGCUGGACGAGUACAAGGAACCGCUGAAUCUGCAUACAGCGGGUGCGUCGACCACUACAAACACCGUCGGAAGCACACCGGCAGCGCUGGGCAGUCCGUUCGAUGUCGACGUGGCAAGCAAGUCGACCAGCACGUCGACCAGCAGCACGUCCACUACGAAGCUGUCGAACACGAUCCGUGUGCGCGACGGCCUGGUGAAGGAGGGCUUCACCCUCGACGAGGGCGACGAGAUGCUGCUGCGCAAACCGCACACCGCACACACCGUCGGGUCCAGCGCUUUCCCGCUGGCGGCCUCCACGUCCUGCUCGUCUUCCGCGUCGUCGUCGUCGUUCUGUGACCCCGAGUCACAGCUGGCCCUGUUCCGAGACGUGCACUGCGGCGACGGUAGACGCUCGCCGGCGGCGACGACGACCACCACGACGACCGCUACCGCAACGGUGGUGGCGACCGGCGACACCAAGUGCCACAUCUGCAUGGCCAACUUCCCGUCCGCCUGGCUGCUGGAGCAGCACGCCGCCCUGCAGCAUCCGCACCUGACCAUCCACGACGACAAGCCGUACCUGUGCGGGCUGUGCGGACAGAAGAGCCGGUACGCCUGCUGCCGCUACCGGACGGUGCUGACGAAGCACCAUCGGUCCGAGCCGGGCGGUCGGAGCAGAGUGCCCGCCGACAAGCUGUUCACCUGCGACGUGUGCGGUAUGCAGUUUCGCUACUUGAAGUCGUUCAAGAAGCAUCGGCUCAACCACGCACUCGAGCGGCUGCACGGCAAGAAGGGCGGUGUACCGGCCGGGCCCGGCUCGGUCGACAGCGAGCCGGCCGUGUCCAGCACCAACGAGGGUGCGGGCGAGGCCACCAGUAGCAGUGGCCUGGUGGCGGCCGACCUGGACCACCGGGCGUACAGCGACGAGCAGGACGACACGGUUUCGGACUCGGCGCGGAAGCAAACGUCACCCGGGCUGAGUGGUACGGUGCUUCACCACACCGGUGUCCACACCGCGGUCAGCGAGUGUGCACCGUCGUCGGCCGCCAUCGAGGAGUCGCAGCCGAACAUCAGCAGUAGCAGCGGUAGCAGCAACAGCAGCAGCACCGGCAGCUGCACUGCGGCCAAGGUCAACGACUGCCACAGCAACGGACUGUACGGUAGCGACGCGACGGCUGUCAAUGGUAGUGGCAGCUGCCAGACAGCUACCAGCAGCAGCAGCAGCACCAACCUCCGCUCGGUACAAUCGUCGAUGGACGUGACAGGCGGGGAGACGCAGUUAGCUGGAGAGCUGAAGCGCUAUCAGACGGCGUCGACCGCCGUAGCCGCCGCUCACGCGUCAGCCGCCGUCCGCUCGAUGGAGGCGGAGUCGAGUGGCGGCCUGCUGCAGCACUGCCACGCUCCGCCGGCGAGCUCCGCCUCUUCUGCCGCCGCCGCCGCCGCCGUAGCUGCCGCCGCGCACGCCAACGCCAACAGUGCGCCCGGCUCGCUCAGCCACACGCUCAGCAGCCUCAUCAACGCCGAGACGAUCCCGCACCAUCGGCUCCUCGGGCUCGAUCCGCAGGAGGCGUCGAUACUGAACUUCCUGCGCGUCGACGCCGCCGAGAAGCAGCGAGACCGCCGCUUCGCCUGCCCCUUCUGCGGCAAGUGCGUGCGCUCGAAGGAGAACCUCAAGCUGCACGUCCGCAAGCACACCGGCGAGCGGCCGUUCGUGUGCCUGUUCUGCGGGCGUGCGUUCGGCGGCAAGUCCGACCUGACGCGCCACCUGCGCAUCCACACCGGCGAGCGGCCGUACCACUGCGAGGCCUGCGGCAAGUGCUUCGCCCGGGCCGACUACCUCUCCAAGCAUCUGACCACGCACGUGCACCAGCUGUCGCCGCGGCCUUGA